GGCCCCGCCCCAAAGGCCUGGGAGACUCUUCCUUUGCCCUUCCGGCCAGCUCCAACAGUCUGUGCACGUUGCAUGAGACUAGCGCGACUCAUGAAGGUGUUCGUCACCCGCAGGAUCCCCCCCGAGGGCAGGGCCGCGCUCGCCCAGGCCACAGACUGUGAAGUGGAACUGUGGGAUUCUGAUGAGUGCAUCCCCAACAAGGAGCUAGAACGCGGUGUGGUGGGGGCCCAUGGCCUGCUCUGCCUCCUCUCAGACCGUGUGGACAAGAAGAUCCUGGAUGCUGCAGGACCUAAUCUCAGAGUUAUCAGCACACUGUCCGUGGGUGUCGACCAUUUGGCUUUGGAUGAAGUUAAGAAGCGUGGGAUCCGAGUGGGCUACACCCCAGAUGUCCUGACAGAUGCCACUGCGGAGCUGGCUGUCUCCUUGCUGCUGACCACCUGCCGCAGGUUGCCAGAGGCAAUAGAGGAAGUGAAGAUUGGGGGCUGGACCUCAUGGAAGCCCUUGUGGAUGUGUGGCUACGGACUCACCCAGAGCACUGUUGGCAUCGUGGGGCUCGGGCGCAUAGGUAAGGCUGUUGCUCGCCGCCUGAAACCAUUUGGUGUCCAGAAGUUUCUGUAUACAGGGCGCCAGCCCAAGCCUCAGGAAGCAGCAGAAUUCCAGGCAGAGUUUGUGUCCACCCACCAGCUGGCUGCAGAGUCUGAUUUCAUCGUGGUGGCCUGCUCCUUAACGCCUGAAACCAAAGGACUCUGCAACAGGGACUUCUUCCAGAAGAUGAAGAAAACAGCUGUGUUUGUCAACAUCAGCAGGGGAGAUGUUGUAAACCAGGAUGACCUGUACCAGGCCUUGGCCAGUGGUCAGAUUGCAGCUGCUGGACUGGAUGUGACGACCCCAGAACCGCUGCCUACAAAGCACCCCCUGCUAACCCUGAAGAACUGUGAUGGAGCUGAGCCCCCAUUUCUGUGCUGGCUGGCCCUGCAAGGCCCUAUCACCCUGAUCCCUGCCUGUCUGUCUGUCUGGGAGUGAUUGUUUCUCCCAACACUUCUUUCCUAGCAGCAGCACUUCCUUCCUGUUGUGGCUGGAGGAUUGACCCUGACAGAGGUGUGAAUGUGGGAUCUAAAGGUGCUUUUCCAUCCAUCUGCGUUUUAACAAUCCCACACCUUCCCUCUGAUCUCCCCACCACCAGGGGGUAGCAUGGAAAAGUAGGUAGAUGCUUCACCAAGUUCUCCUACUUCUGUCUUUGCCUGGUAACUUGGAGGGACUGUGCCAUGUGGUUACAGAGCCUCACCUGAUGGCUUCUGCUUCAGCAUAUCUGGCCAUGGCUGGAGGCCAUCAUAGGUCAUGUGCAUCUGAUGGGCUGAUGCAGCUGAGCCCAGGACCACUCAGAGAAACUCAGCCUUAGUGCUUCCUGGUUAACAACUUCCUACCCAGUUGUUAGUUCUUUAUAUUAAGUUUUUUCCAGGUUUUAGUGUAAUUUCUGUCUCCAGACUGGUCAGAAUUAUGGGGUGUCCACUUACAUUCUGGAAUAGCAACCCAAACAGGUCUUUUACUGCCUUCCUAGUGAAUGCUCCCAUUAUGCUUGGAUCCCACGCCAACCUGCAAGGACCAUUGAUUGUAGUGAAAACUGGCACCAUCCCCCAUGUCUAGAGUCAGCUUAGUGUCCUGGGCAUUGCUUCAAAAGGCAUGUAUUGGUGUGUGUGGGUUCACUCACUAGCCUGCUGGAUCCUCAUUCUAGCCAGCAGCCAGGCCCAGCAUGUGUGGGGGCUGGCCAGGGCCAUCUGGAUCCUCAUUUCAGCCAGCACCUUGGCCCCACAUGUGUGUGGGGGACUGCCCAUUGGUCUGCCAGAUCUUCGUUCCACCCAGCACGCAGGCCAGGU